AUGGACAUCUUCCCGCUUGGUAGAUAUAUCGGACUGAUACUGGCAAUCCUGUCCACCAUGGCUAUCGGAACGAGUUUCGUUAUCACCAAAAAGGGCUUGUUGCAUGCCUCCGAAACCCAUGGUUUCGAGGGAGAGGGCUUCUCGUACCUGAAAAGCCCAAUCUGGUGGGGUGGUAUUGGCACACUCGCUCUGGGAGAAAUCUCCAACUUUGCGGCCUAUGCCUUUGCUCCUGCGAUUCUGGUGACACCGUUGGGUGCGCUUAGUGUCUUGAUUGGCGCCGUUCUCGGUUCCUAUUUCCUGAACGAAAGACUCGGUGUACUGGGGAAACUUGGUUGUGCAAUGUGUCUCCUCGGUUCCGUCGUCAUCGUAUUGCAUGCGCCUCCAGACAAGCCAGUAGAAACUAUUGAUGAAAUUCUUCACUACGCCCUGCAGCCAGGCUUCCUGUUGUACUGUCUGGCUGUUGCGGUCUUCUCGACCGUGAUGAUCUACCGUGUCGCCCCGGUUUACGGCAAGAAGAACCCAUUGAUUUACAUCUCGAUCUGCUCCACUGUCGGCUCCGUAUCGGUCAUGUCUGUGAAGGCCUUUGGAAUUGCGCUCAAGUUAACACUUGGAGGACACAACCAGUUCACUCAUGCCUCGACCUAUGUCUUCGCCAUCGUCACCGGAUUCUGCAUCCUGACGCAGAUGAACUACUUUAACAAGGCCUUGAAUCAGUUUUCUACGUCCAUUGUCAACCCUCUCUACUACGUCACGUUCACUACAGCUACGCUUUGCGCUUCGUUUAUCCUUUUCAAAGGCUUCAACACCACCGACGCCGUCAAUACCAUCUCGCUUCUUUGCGGAUUCUUGGUUAUCUUCUCCGGCGUGUAUCUCCUCAACCUUUCUCGAAACGACCCGGACGGUCGCCAGCUCCUCAACGGCAAGAUUGACGAAGAAGACGGUGUUCCCACGGACGGAAUUGCCAGCUUCCACACCCGGCGGUCUAUGCAGUCGAGGAGGAGUCAAGACCCUCACCGGAGGAGCUCCUCGAGCAUAGCUUUUCUGAAUGGCCAGAGCGACCGCGAAGGUCUCAUCCAUUCCUACGAUCUUGAGGAUGGCGCCUUUGGCUUGAGUGAGCUGGCGGAGGAAAGCGACGGGGAACCGGGUCCUACCCGCAAGCAUAGUGGGGAGGCCAACCGUGCCGAACUUGGUGCCAAGCACGAUGACCGAUGA